AUUUUGACCCAAAACUCUCUAUAUUCUAUAGAAAACCGAUAUCCUCGAAAAGAGGGAAAAAGGCCACUGCCGUUGCUCUGCUUGUAUCAUCAUCUCCCAUCACACCCGUCACCACAAGUCUCCAGUUUCGAGGCUUUCUCUCCAUCGAAGCGAAGGCAUGGAGUUGGCAGUGAGAACAGUGGGCGGAAUAGAGAGCUGCUUCGUCUCACUCCCUCUUCCUCUCAUCCAAACCCUUCAGUCCACAAGCUCGGGCCUUCUUCCUCCCGUUCUUGCCCUCGAGCUUCGCUCUUCCAACAAUGAUGUCUGGGUCGUUGCCUGGUCUGGCUCUGCUUCCACCUCCUCCUCCAUCGAGGUUGCUCGGCAAUUUGCAGAAUGCAUUUCCCUACCAGAUCAUACUGCUGUUCAAGUACGAGCUGUUGCUAAUUUGCCCAAGGCCACCCUAGUCACAAUAGAACCACAUACUGAAGAUGAUUGGGAAGUUUUGGAGCUUAAUGCAGAGCAUGCAGAGGCAGCUAUUCUGAAGCAGAUAGGGAUUGUCCAUGAAGCAAUGAGAUUUCCUUUGUGGUUGCAUGGCCGCACUACUAUUACAUUUCUUGUUGUUUCAACCUUUCCAAAAAAAGCGGUAGUGCAACUUGUGCCAGGAACUGAAGUUGCAGUUGCACCAAAGAGACGCAAGAAAUAUUUAGAUUCACAUAAAAAUGCCCUUGUGCAAUCUUCAAAUAAAGAUCAUCCUAUUGCAAAGGCACUACUCCGUGUUCAAGAUUCAGGGCAGAAAUUGAUACACAAAAGCGAGGUCAAAGGUGUUGAGCUGGGUGUGGUGCUUACUAAUGUUGUUUAUAUUCAUCCAGAAACAGCUAGAAACUAUUCCUUUGAUUCUCUUCAGUUGGUUAUUUUAGUACCUAGAUCACCAUCAAAAGGAAACUACAAUGACACUGAUAUGUUCAGGAAGAAAAGCAUUUCAACUGCAAAGGAAUUUAGUGAUGGAUUAGCUGACAAGAAGGAACCUUGCCAAGUGGUUGUUCGUCUUCUAAUUUCAGAAUCGGUGGCUAAAGGGCAUGUGAUGAUGGCUCAAUCUCUUCGGCAUUACUUGAGAACAGGCCUACACUCAUGGGUUUAUAUGAAGAGAUGCGAUAUUAAUUUGAAGAAGGAAAUUUCCUUACUGUCUCUUUCUCCUUGCCAAUUUAAGAUGUUUGAGAAGAAUAAGGCUCUUGAGGAAAAUGGUUUAGAAGUGCUUGAUAGCCUUACAAAUCAUAAGACAAAAUCCAUGCUUUUAGAGACUAACUCAGACACCUAUAUGAAUAUAUCUGAUUGGUCAACUCAUGAGGAAUUUGCUGCAGCUCUUUCUUUUGAAUCUCCUGGUAGUGAGGAUGAAAAAACCUCUUCACAAUCUGGCUCUAGAAAGGGAUUACAAAGUCUACUUCAAGCAUGGUUUCUUGCACAUCUUGAUGCCAUUAAUUCAAAUGCAGGAACAGAAAUUGAUUCAUUGGUUGUGGGUAAUGAAACCUUGCUCCACUUUAAUGUAACAAGUGACAAGUUUGGGACUCUUGGGAAAUUUCAGGCAUCAUCUAAUGGUUCUUCGAAAAACAGAAGUAGUUAUGGAGAUCUGUCAGUGGAAAUCUUAUACAUACUUGCCAUUUCUGAGGAAUCUCAACAUAGUGGAAAAUUCAAUGCAUAUGAGCUUUCCUUUCCUGAAAGAAAUAAAAGGAAUAAUAAUUUGGGAAACUUGGAAUUGUUGGUUGGAAAUCUGCGUUUGGGUGAGCCUGUGUCUUUCUAUUGCAUGAAAGAAAGAACCUCAGCUAAAGGCUUUAGCCUGACAGCAUCUUCCUUGAGCUGGAUUGGAACAGCUGCCUCUGACAUUAUCAAUAGAUUGACGACGUUGUUAUCUCCUGCUUCUGGCAUGUGGUUCAGUACUUAUAAUCUUCCUCUCCCUGGACAUGUUCUAAUAUAUGGACCUCCUGGUUCAGGAAAGACAUUGUUAGCAAGAACUGUUGCAAAAGCCCUCGAAGAACAGGAAGACCUUUUGACACACAUAGUUUUUGUAUCUUGUUCUCAACUUGCAUUAGAGAAGGCUGUGACCAUUCGUCAAGCACUUUCUAGCUACCUUUCUGAUGCUUUGGAUCAUGUACCUUCCUUGGUCAUCUUUGAUGACCUUGAUCUCAUUAUUUCAUCAUCCUCUGACUUGGAAGGAUCUCAACCUUCAACCUCUGUCACUGCACUUACUGAAUAUUUGACAGAUAUCUUGGACGAAUAUGGGGAAAAGCGGAAGAACUCAUGUGGCAUUGGUCCUCUUGCAUUCAUAGCUUCUGCACAGUCUCUUGAGAAUGUUCCACAGUCCUUGAGCUCUUCAGGAAGGUUUGACUUUCAUGUGCAACUGCCUGCUCCUGCUGCCACAGAACGGAUGGCUAUAUUGAAGCAUGAAAUCCAGAAGCGUUCGUUACAGUGUGCUGAUGAUAUCUUGUCAGAUGUAGCUUCAAAAUGUGAUGGAUAUGAUGCAUAUGACUUGGAAAUAUUGGUUGAUAGGACAAUUCAUGCUGCUAUUGGUCGCUUUUUUCCUUCUAAUUCGGCUUUUGACAAAUCUGAGAAGCCUACAUUAGUUCGGGAUGAUUUUUCACAAGCAAUGCAUGAGUUUCUGCCAGUUGCGAUGCGCGAUAUUACUAAAUCUGCCUCUGAAGGUGGUCGCUCUGGGUGGGAGGAUGUUGGUGGUCUUGUUGAUAUUAGAAAUGCUAUUAAAGAGAUGAUUGAAUUACCUUCAAAAUUUCCAAGUAUCUUUGCACAAUCCCCUUUAAGGCUGCGGUCAAAUGUUCUCUUAUAUGGCCCUCCUGGCUGUGGAAAAACACACAUUGUUGGUGCUGCUGCUGCUGCUUGUUCAUUAAGAUUUAUAUCAGUGAAAGGGCCUGAACUUCUGAAUAAAUAUAUUGGUGCUUCUGAGCAAGCUGUUCGAGACAUAUUCUUAAAAGCAUCUGCUGCAUCACCAUGCCUUCUCUUUUUUGAUGAAUUUGAUUCCAUUGCACCAAAAAGGGGGCAUGACAACACUGGAGUCACUGAUCGUGUUGUUAAUCAAUUUCUGACUGAAUUGGAUGGUGUGGAAGUUUUGACUGGUGUUUUUGUGUUUGCUGCAACUAGUAGACCAGAUUUACUUGAUGCUGCACUGUUGCGACCUGGUAGGCUAGAUCGCCUUCUUUUCUGUGAUUUCCCAUCUCGGCGUGAGAGGUUGGAUAUUCUUACAGUUCUUUCUAGAAAGCUACCAUUAGCUGAUGAUGUUGCCAUGGAUGCCAUAGCUUAUAUGACUGAAGGAUUCAGUGGAGCUGAUCUCCAAGCUCUUCUCUCCGAUGCACAGCUAGCAGCAGUUCAUGAGGUUCUGGCGACUGCAGAUAACAAAGAGCCUGGAAAAAUGCCAGUCAUUACGGAUGCCCUUCUGAAAUCUGUUGCUUCCAAAGCAAGACCAUCCGUCUCAGAUGCUGAGAAGGAGAGAUUGUAUACCAUUUACAACCAGUUUCUAGAUUCAAAGAAAUCAACUGCACAGUCAAGGGAUGCAAAAGGCAAAAGGGCAACCCUAGCAUAACAAAUUGUUCCUUGAGAAUAACGAUCAAUUUUGUAUUCUAUAUGUUUCUAAUAUUUCCUCCAUACCUAUGAUUAUUCACCAUGUAAACUCACUGCAACUCAGCAGCUUAUUCCUAAUAAAACGUUGCUUAUGCA